GUGAUUUUCUGUUUUCUUUAUUUUUCAGGGAGCACUAUGGAUAAUUCAUUUGAUUACGAACCAAUAGAAGAAAUUAAAGAGGAGCUGCUAACCAAUGGACCUGCCUCAGCAGCUGCAAAGAUCCAGGAGUAUUUGGAUCAGCAGGAUAAUAUUCCACUAAAUAUUGGCAUUACAGGAGAGUCUGGCUCUGGUAAAUCCACCUUUGUUAAUGCCUUCAGAGGCAUAGACAACAGGGAUGAGUGAGCCGCCCCUACCGGUUGUAUAGAAACCACAUUAGAGGCUACACCAUACCCCCAUCCCAACUAUCCCAAUGUCACACUGUGGGAUCUUCCUGGUAUUGGCACUCCCAACUUUCCAGCUAGCGAAUACCUGGAGCAUGUUGAAUUUGAAAAGUUUGACUUCUUCAUCAUCGUCUCAGCUGAUCGCUUCAAAGAAAAUGAUGUGAAGCUCGCUAAGGAGAUUCAGAGGAUGAAGAAAAAGUUCUACUUUAUACGUUCAAAGAUUGACCAUAACUUACGUGAUGAAGAAGACAGUCAGAGGGACUUCAACGCAGAAAGGACUCUUAAACAAAUCAGGGACAACUGCAUUCAAGGUAAGUCUGAGGUUAGAGGAGAACAAAUGCUUAAAAUUUAAAGGUAUAUGCAACAAGGGUAACAGGUAGACACUGCUUCAUUUUAAAGGCGCGAGCCAAAAAUAACUUUUCACAUGAGCAGCCCAUGUUGAGAGGAAGAGCUAACAAUGUUAUCAGGUCAUAAAUGAUUCAUAUGAACACUGGCAGAGCCCCCCAGUGAGAGUCUGUUAGCUUGACUACUCAUCUUCUAAGAUCUAAAACAACCUUUGUGUCUGGCCUGGAGAGAGCUGCUGGUGUAUCCUGACACGAGGCUCAGGAUGUUUUCUCAUUCCAUUGUCAUCAUC